GCGACGGGGUGGGGGGUUGGGCGGGCCAGACAGCUAAAGGGGACCCGAUGAGGUGCUUGGAAGAACAUGCAGUAGAGUUUUUCAUGAAACAAAUGGAAUAUAUCACAGAACGUUGCUAAGAUGGACAACUCCGCACAUAAAGACCAAGAGCCUGGCAAAAAAAAUCCCAGAAAUGCUGACAGAAUACAUAAAGGUUUUACUGCUGCGUAUCCAACACAAUCCUCUAUUCCUUUUAAAUGUCAGUCUUCGAUAAUUCCAGAAUCAGAAAAAAAAGGAUUUAAUAGUCAAGCCAAGAGAUUUUAUCAUAAAAAGGAUGAUAUCCCAGGACCCGGCUUCUACAACGUCAUUCACCAAUCGCCAGUGUCCAACAGUGUCUCGCUGUCUAAGAAAGGGACGUGCACUUUCCCCUCUGUGCGUGCUCGAUUGGACACCAUCAUUUCUAAAUAUCCUGCAGCAAAUGCAUAUACUAUCCCAUCACGUUUUAUUUCAAAGAAAGACUUCAGUAACUCCUGUUCCAGCAUGUUCCAGUUGCCAAGCUUUGCGAAAGUUCUCAAAUUUGAAACUCCUGCACCAAACCAUUACAACGCCUCCAUCUCUUGCUGCAAGCAGAGAAACAAUGUCUGUGCCCAAGCCGGGUUUCUGUCCAAAACCAAAAGAGGAUUUUUCACUAUGCCUGAAAGAGGACCUGCCCCAGGGCAUUAUAAUAUCAACGACUCCCUUGUGAAGCACUCGCCAAAGAUAUUAAUGUCUUGUUUUAAAUCAAAAACUGGCCGUGGAUUAAAACUGACGUCAACAGGGCCUGGACCCGGUUAUUACAACCCAAAUGAUCACACCAAAAUUCCGAAAAAGACUUCUAUCCCGAGAAAUUCCAUCCUGAAUUUCUCUGCCCUUCCUUUGCCGCUGCCCCCGAAGCCACCUCUCCCGGGCCCGGGUCAGUAUGAGAUCGUGGACUACAUGGGGCCCCCCAAGCAUUUCAUCUCCAGUGCAUCGUUUGUGUCCAACACUGGCCGGUGGACAAUGGUGCCAGCCCAGCCGGACUUCCCUGGCCCAGCCUCGUACAAUCCGGAAUUUCCUGGAAAGCAGUCUUUUCUUUACAAUGAGGACAAGAAGUGGAUCCCCGUGUUGUGAUCUCACAGGGGCGUGGGGAGAGCCCUGGCCACUGGCUGCCCGACCUAGGGUCCCCAGAGCGUUCAUUCAGAGAAUGCGUACUUUGUGUGUGACAGCUCUGCCCCCCCCCGCCCCCCGUCUGCUGUUACAACUGGGCUGCUGCAUUUGUCUUGAGCUGCCUCCUGAGUACUGGACCCCGUUCCCCACUGAUGCCAGUGGUUUCCUGAGUGGAAAUGAAACGUGCACAGAGCCUCCCUCAGUAGCUUCGCCACGCACCUGUUCAGCCUGGCUUCUGCACACCUCCUCUCAGACACCAGAGGCUCCUGAAGUCCCGACUCCAGGGAAAAGGCAGCCGAGGGUAGUGUCCUGCCUGGGAGCCUGAUGCUAAGCCAGGGCUCAGGGCCCAGAGUGCACCUGCAGGGUGGACAUCACAGGGCUGUGGCCCAGCCAUGUCCAGUCCCUCUGGCCUCGGCUUCAAGACUCUUCCGGGAGUUCCAGGAGCUGCGAAGGCCCAGAGGCGCUUGUGACGGAGACACAGGGGGGUUGCCUGGGUCCCUUGACCCCAGGUACGCCUUCGCAUCUCACCCUCAGGAAAAGCAUGGCAGCCAGUCACUGUGGGCACCUGUACUCAUUACCCACCUUCAGGAGAGGUGCCACAUCCGUUGAUUGAUCCUGUAUUCAGCAGCAGAUGUGGGCAGCAGCCUGCUAGGGCCAGAGCCCUGGACACAUGUUCUGGAGGGCACAGAAGCCACACAACCCCCAGAGCCUUCAGGUUCUUACUUUCCCUCAACCUCUCCCUUCCCCCAGGCCGGUCUGCGUCCCCUCCCCGACCUCCUGCUCAAGUUUGACACAAUCUUUAAUGGACCUUGUCUGGCAUGCCCAAGUGUUUCCCCUCAGCAGGAGAAAAAGAUUCCCAAAGAACUAGGAGGAAACAGAAGUAACCACACGUCCCCUCCCUCUGCAGAUACUGACUUUGUCUUUCACAUUUGUAAGUGGAACUCUCCAGCUCAGGCUCCCCUCUCUUCCCCUCAUCCAUAAGGCCUCUCACAUCCCGUGUGCUCCCUCCUUUGACUUUUCUCUGGGAAAGUUACAUCCUGGGCCUUCAGGUCAGAUCUGGCCGCUGAUUGUCCAUUUAGGAAGUGGCGGAUGAGACAAAGGGACGGAAUAACAUACCCAAUUAAACUGAAUUCUUGCUUCUCACAAGAGCUGGCCUUUUGGUGACCCUCACAUUCCCGUGAGUGCUCCAUUGCUUUGGGACAGACGGGAGGCGGCUGGAGCAUUGGGGGAAGAGCAGGGGAUCUAAAGGCAGGACGCCUGUGCUUCCGUCCUCUCAGGUACUUACCUUCUCCUCCAAGUGAAGAGUUUUAUCAGAAUCUGGGGGCUCCAGGUCAAGCAUUUCCAGGGGCGGGCAGACAAUGCAUAGAGCGAAACAGGUGAGACAGGGGUGGGGGCUCCAGGAGCUGAGGCUGCUGCCUGUCUAACGGGGCACCCAGCAUGGCUCCAGGUAACUGUUGCCAGCUCUGCAGAUUUUUCACAGAAUCUGGGAAAUCUUUACAAUGUGAAAUCUCUUGGUUUGAGAUGUUUACAACCAUAUUUCAAUUUAAAUUUUUUUAUUUGGGCUAAAGAAACUCUUCUGCAGGCCAUUAGUUGUCCACUUGGGUGCUAGACAUUCUGGAAAACCCUUUCAAAGAGGACACUUGCAGCUGUACCUUUCUUUGACCCCAGACUCUUCACAAUGAGGCCAGACACCAAGGGGUUGGUUUAUAGGUCUUUCUUACCCUGGGGGACCUUAGCCGGCCAAUGGGCUAGAAGCAGCCCGCCCUGGGGUCACUGCAGGCAGAGGCUGGGGUGGGGCCAGAAGGCAGUUGAGUUGAGCACUGGCAGGUGAAGACUGUCUCUCCAGAAGGAUCCCCCUUGAAGUGGGAUCAGGAAAGGAGGAGAGUCUGAGAAGAGAACUAUAGGGCUGCUCUGGGCCAUUCAGAGUCCAUGUUCUACAGAAGACGAUGACUAGAGCGGAGGCCCUGAGCUCAGAGGGUCUUGACUGUGUCCAGCCUCCGUUAGGAUGUGACAGGCUGCUCCCAGUGCCGUCCAGCCCAGUGCUUCUCAAGCCCCAGCUAUCCUGUACCUUAGGAUCCCCCUGGGAGCUAUUCCAGGCCCAGGCCCGACCCUCAACGUUCUGAUUUAAUUGAUCUGAGGUAGGGCCUGGGCCUUGGUAUUUUGAUUCACAUCCUCAGUGUGAUUGUAAUGUGUCUAGUUAGGGUUAGGAUACACUGAGAGUUUAAUGAAGUGUUUUCCAAAUGUUAAUGUGCAUGCAGACCCCUUGGAGAGCUUGUUAAGAGGCAGAUUCUGUGGGUCGGGGAUGGGGCCUGAGGGUCUGCAUUUCUUUUUCUUUCUUUUUUUUUUUAAAUUGAGAUGUAAUUGACAUAGAACAUUGUAUCACUUUUAGGUGUAAGCAUUUCUUACACACUCCCAGGUGGUGGUGUGCUGCUGGUCCAUGGACCACACUUAAGAGUAGCAAGGGUCUAAAAAUACACUUAAUUGUUCAACUCUUCAUCUGGCCUUCCUUCCUUCUUUCCUUCCUUCCUUCUUUGCUUCCUUCCUUCUUUGCUUCCUUCCUUCCUUC